CCACUCGGUUCGACCUCUGCUGCAGCCACCGGAGAGAGGUAAUCCCCGGGCACGCGGGAGCCCGACCCGGCCCAGCCCGCUCCCUCAUUCAUUCGGGUUGCAUCGGGCACCAGACACCAGGGAAAGCGGCAGUAAGCCGAGCCCUCGCGACCCAUCACCCGGUCCCUUCUUCCGUCGCCGCUGCCCCAGCCACUCCUAAGAUGUUCUCCUGCGCCAAGCUCGCCUGCUCCCCUGCUCUGAUCCGUGCUGGAUCCAGAAUUGUAUACAGACCAAUUUCUGCAGCAGUGUUGUCUCAACCAGAGGUCAGGACGGGAGAGGGCAACACAGCAUCUUAUGGGGCCCAGAACAGAGUGUCUCAGCUGGCACUAAGGGAGUUCCAGACCAGUGCUAUCAGCAGAGACAUUGACACUGCUGCCAAAUUUAUUGGUGCAGGUGCUGCCACAGUAGGAGUGGCUGGUUCUGGUGCUGGUAUUGGAACUGUCUUUGGUAGUCUGAUUAUUGGUUAUGCCAGAAACCCUUCACUGAAGCAGCAGCUGUUCUCAUAUGCUAUCCUGGGAUUCGCCUUGUCUGAAGCUAUGGGUCUCUUUUGUUUGAUGGUUGCUUUCUUGAUCUUGUUUGCCAUGUAAUUAAUUGCAGCUUGAAAUGUUGACAUUUAAUACAAAUUACGGAUGUAAUUCUGUGUAUCUUACUGUGGCUCCGAAAACUGUUGUGUUGGUGUCAUGGAAAUGUACAUUAUUUCCAAAGUUAUUUCAUUAAAGAUGAUAACUUUAAUUUUUGCUGUCAUUUGUACUUAUUAUGUUGAACUUAGCACAUGGGAACACAUGCUCUGGUAUAAAUUGUACUGCUAAGCUGAAUGAGUCUAUUAACUUUUCAUCUAUAGUGGUAUUUGAGUGAUGUAAAAUGGAGAUUGUUAUAUAUUGCCUCUAUUUUUUCAUGUUUGCCUAAAAGAAAUAUGUAUGUAUAAACGAUUCUUCCAUGAGAAAUACUGGUAGUUGUAUCUGGUAAUGUUAUUACAGAAGUUGAUUUAAAAAGCAACAUAAUAUGGAACUGAGUCUCUUCUAAGUUAGUAAUUCAUUUCAUUUCGGCAUCAAGCCUGCAUUUUAAAAUUCUUUGCAAAUAAGAUUGGUUGGCUUUUAUUGUGACUUAAUCUCUCUUUAGUGCCUACUUAUAAUUAUACGUGCAAGAACCAUAGUAAAGAUUCUUAAAAGUAAA